CCUUUAUGUGACUAGCCAACCACCAUUAAAACCCAAAGAAGAAGAAGAACCGGAAGUAGAAGCGAAAGGAAGACAAGAAUAAGAAGAAGUAAGAGAUACCAGCUCCAUGGGUGGCAACAACACUAAAACAAGUGAAACUAUGUCAGAUGACAAGAAUCCUCUUGGCCAGCUCAAGGACCUGGUGGAUCUUAAGGACCAGCUGGAAGACAUCCAGAGGCGGGUGGAGGAUGAGAUACAGGCUGGGGUUCCUGCCGGAGGCAGCGUCCUGGCUUCUCCUUUCUUGAAGGGUUUUCUGGCCGGGUACAUUGUGGCGAGGCUACGCUCUCCGGCAUUGGUGGGUGUUGCCAUAGGAACGUGUACAGGAAUCUAUGCAGCACAAAAUUACAACGUUCCUAAUGUUGAAAACGCCAUCAAAGACUACAUACGCAAGAUGAGGGGAGGAGGGAAAUGAGAAGAGAGGAAAAGUACAAAGACGGGAAAGGAGGGAGGAUGAAGAGAGACGUCUACAAGAAGAGGGUACCAGUACAGCGACAUAUGGGAACAUAUAUACAUUUCAAAAGUGAAAACUCUAGAUAAAGUAGAAGGCCAACUCACAGAGGUGAAAAGGUAAUUCUUUUAAUAUCGUUUUGUUUCAUAUCAUUCAUAAGUAGAGCAUAUUUUUCCAUGCAAGUGGACGAGAUUUCAAAUCAGUUUAAAAGCAUGUAAAGACAGGAGACCCUAUAUUUCUUUCCAUAUGGUUGAUUAUUGGAAUUUAAACAAAUUGCGACCUAUGAUAGAAUCAUGACGGCUGUUAUAAUUGAUUUCUGACUUCAGCCCCACUUCGCCUUAAACCACAUUGUGUGCUUCCUGAAGAUUUAUUGAUCCACUUAAUGAGACCAGCCAAUAUCCACAUGUGCAGUCCAAUUGUGUUUGCUGCACUCCCUCCUUUCUUAAGGGGGUUCACUUGAAAGAUACACACCACUGCUCAGACAGAAUAGUAAGUAUUAAGUUUCUCCAAGAGGAACUACAUACACACUGUUGGUGGUUUACAAGCUUUGCCCUUGAUUGGUGUCACUUUUAGUCUUUUAUUUGUGGUCUUCUGCCCCCUAGUGGUCAGAAAUCAAUUCUAGCAGCCUCAGCUAAUUUGCACUUACUUGCUGAGGGGGUGAUAGAUGGUGUAAACAUUGUCUCACCUCACAUCACAUGGUGCUCCUCAGUGUCAAACCUGUCAUUUGUCGCUUGUUUUCACAUUGUUCGCGGGUGUCAGGGCAAAGUCUGUGGUGUGGUGUAAUGCGUCUUCACAGGCAGAACAACCCCACAUGAGAUUAUGGGUCAAAUCUUUCUCUGUAAAACAUAUUUAUUUUUAAAUGGUAGUCCUCAGAUCUUUAGAGGUUUUAUUAUAGAAUAAUUCAGGUGCACUUUUCAGAGAUCUGUUAUUUUUAUAGUUGUGAAGAUGAUUUCAAAAAAAUCACACCCCUUUCAAAAAUAAAGAAAAGUAAUUGUAUGUAAUAUUUCAAUGUACAGUCCACCUUACACUAUUAGGAAAAGGUCAUUUAUGGAUAGUAGGCUAUCAAAUUAGAUUUAGUUUUGAGUCCUCUAAGUCCAAGGGAGUUUUACCAAAACAGGUGUGUCUGUGUGUUAAUGUAUGUAAUGUAAAAUGUAUAUUAAGAGUGCCUACUCUGGUCUGGACUUGAUAUUAUCAUCUCAUGCCAUUUGUGCAAUAGCCUUGACUGAUGGGGUUUGGCUGCCUAUUUCAUAUGCUGGAAACUAGUCAAUUUUUUGCACUUGUAUGAAUUGUGGGGAUGCUGUUAUUUUGUCUCACAGCCUGUGUUUUAAUGUUUUUCUGUCCCCAUAAGAUCAACAACAUGUCAAAGAAAAGAAAAAUGUGUGUUUAUUAUGUUUGAUGAGUGUUAUUUACUUUUUAAGGAGGGAUUUUAACUAUAAAAUUGUCAAUUGCUACACGACAGUGGUCUGAAAUCCUGAUGCACAGAGAAGAAACUAUUAAUAAUAUAGCAGACAUGCAAUAAGGUCUGCAGUGUAUGGUAAAUAAAAUUAAAAAAUGGCUAUUUUGAAAGAUAUUCAAAUUAUUAUUUUGCAUCAGUUUUCAUUUUCACUGAAAAAAAACUAUUCAAAUCAUAUUGCUAUGACAUUUGUUUUAGACUGCAGUAAACAAGCAUGUCUUUCCUUACAUCCGGAGAACAAGAUUUGUAUGCCUGGGCAGCACUGCAGCGCUUCAUGCCAGUGGUGUUUUGUCACACAUUUGACCCUGAUCAAAAAAAGUUGGUGCUUCUGAAAUGAGGUGUCUACAAUAUAAUCCUCUCCCAAAGGUAUACUUUUUUUAGACAUGGAAACACUGAUACACUACACUGAUUUUAGAAAACCCUUGAAAGUAAAGAAAAUGAAAUGUAAAUGCACUAAGGCCUGUGGCAGAACUGUGGCAAAAAGCCAUCAAGGAAAAAACAUAUCUUUUUAGUUUAAAAUUAGAUUAUUUUAUUUUGUUUGACCAGAAAGUGUAUUUGAAAACUUAUAUGUGUUGUAUGUUUGGUAACUGGAACACAGAAACAACUUGUGCCUAUUGACAAUCAUUGUGUUCUUUUCUUUGUAUUGCAUGCCCUUAGUUUGUUUUUUCCUG